AUGAAAAGCAGACCGCCCAAAAUCAUCCGCGACUACCUCACCCCGAUGCCCUCCCACCUGCUCACAACCACACUGUCAGACCUACUUCACGCACCGCUGCCGCCGCCGCGGGCUUCUUCCUCGGCGCUCAUGUCCCCGGAGAGGGCCGUCCCGCAGGGCCAUCACCUGGUGUAUUUCCCGCUGCAGACGGCGGCGUCGGGGCUGGCGUCUGAUGGGGCGGACCGGGAUCAUGCGCCGAGUGGGGGGCAGUUUACGAGGAGAUUGUGGGCUGGGGGGGAGGUGCGGUUCAGAGACUGGGAGGAUAAGCAUGGGGAUGAAGAGGGGGGGUUGAUGCUUGAUGGGCGGGCGUGGGUGUGUAAGGAGGAGAUUGGGGAUGUCAAGGUGAAAGGGGGUGGGAGGGCGGAUGAGAAGGUGUUUGUGGAUUUGUGGAGGAGGUAUGGGCUGGGGCAUGAGGUUGGGGAGGGGAGGGGGUGGGAGAUUGAAGAGAGGAGGACGUUGGUGUUUAUGAGGAAGCCGGAUGGAGAGGCGGCGUUGCCUGCUGCGAGAGUUGUCAAAUAUCCUCAUCCUCCUACACACUCCGUCGCUGUCGUCCCCACGCCUGCUCACCUCUUCCACUUCUCGGCACUCACAUUCAACGCCCACUCCAUCCACCUGGACCCGGAGUACGCGCGGUCUCAGGACGGGCACAAGACGAUUCUGGUUCACGGGCCGUUGACGCUGGCGCUCAUGCUGCGCGUGCUCAACGACCAUGUUGGCGCUCCUGGGGGGAAGAAGACGAGCGACAGGGUGGGUGGGGUUGUGAAGUCCAUCGUGUAUAGGAAUUAUGCGCCGCUGUAUGUGGGUGAGAGGAUGACGGUUUGUGUGAGGCGGGUGAAGGAGAGGAUUGGGGAGGAGGAGGAGGAGUGGGAUGUUUGGGUUGAAGGACCGGAGGGGGGGAUGGCGGCGAAGGGGAGUGUUGUGGUGGAUGCGAGGAAGGGGGGCGUGAUGUGA